AGAUCGUUGCUACCUGUAAACAAAAUGGAGGUCACUGGCAUCUGUCAUUUAUUUUCAUGAUAGUACGAAUGACAGAAUAAUGUAGUUUCCCUAGAGUACCAGAAGUGAUUGGCUACAAUGACUGGUUCUACGCAAACAUUUCCUUACACCAGUCCAGGACCUAUCCGACUCCCACCUGGCAACCUGGAGACUGUAGAGGAGAUGCCAGGAGACUCAGAUCUCGAGGAUGAGAGAUCUGAUAUGUCUGACUCCCUAUCAGACAUGGCUCUCAGUAACAUUGAGGAAGAGGGAGAAGAUUAUGAUGAUGAAGGAGAGGAAGGUUCUAUGAGGGAGAGGGAUCCUGUCUUUGAAAAGAUCAAAGAAACACUGUCAAAGAGUCAUCAACGCUCAGAAUCAGCAGUGUCAAUGUUAAGCAGUAUAAGUGAUGAGAGUGAUGGACCACAUGUACAGAUAUCAGAGCAUUAUACGUCAGUACCAUAUGGUAUACAACCAAGAGCUACAUAUGAACAUAGCAGCUUGCAUGCUGAUAUUAUGGGAGUUGCAUACAAUGGGAGGAUGAGGAUGUUUGUUAUUCUGGACUCUAAAGGAAUCACAACUUGGAAACGGGACCUUGUAGAUCCUAGAGAUAUGAGUUUUCCUCAAGCGAAGGAUCUCACACCUAAAACAUUUAAUUUGAAUCAAGUUAAUGAAGAGAGCACGAAGAAGAAAAUGAUAAAAAAGAAGUCCGUAGUCACGCUUAAACAGCACUACUUUGUAAGAAGGGCUUUACAGUACCCUAAGUAUGAGUAUCGGCUCAUCAUGCAUGUUGUCUAUGCACCAAAAUACAACUGCUACUUUGCUCUUGGAAAAGAUUUCUCUGUCAAGGUAUUAAACCGUGACUUUGAGGAGACAUGUUCUGUGAACACUGAUAUGAGAUCUGUACUGUAUAUAUUGUUCAACCCUGUCAGAGAUGAACUGAUCACUGGAGGAGUUGGUGGAAUCAAGAUUUGGCAGUUCCAGCAAGCUGCUGGUAAAGCAUUUACAGAACUUAAACCUUUAGCCAACUAUGAACUUAGAAUCAAGGAAACAUUACCUAAUGUAGGAGGAAGCUGGGUGAAGAAGGUGGAGUUAGAUCAUCACCUGCAGCACCUGUACUGCUGCUCCGACACUGACCUACAUGUGUACGACCUCACAGGAAAACUGCUCUUCAAAUUUGAAAGAGCACAUACAAUGUCUAUCACAGGGGCUUGUUUCUCACCUUCAGCUAAAGUCUUGGUGACAUCAUCUGUUGACUCUGAAGUGAAAAUAUGGAGUUUGAAUGGUGGACUGGUUCACACGUUUCGAGGUCAUUCUCGUGCUGUGACUGGUCUUCUGUUACAUCCAGAAACUUCCUCUAUAUUGAUCACAAGUUCACUGGAUGGUUCCAUCAGAAUGUGGUCACUGGAUACCAUGGAUCUACUGUACAUGAUUGUGGUAUCAGCUGAUGGAGUAAUGUGGAUGGGUCUCACAGAUGACAAGUUACUGUAUAUCAGUACUUGUAGAAACAUCACAUUGUGGCAUCUCAACAACUUCUUUACUUUCUGGAGUCUGGCCAGGAACCAGGUCUCUAGUUUGUCAUUGGCAAGCUGCCAAGAAAAAACUACCAGAGUGCUGGCUGUAGGAGAAGAUAGUAGUGUGAGAAUCUUCUGUCGAAGCAAUCGUAAGAAUAUUACUACAGUUCUCCCUCCGCCAGAUAUUUCCCCGCUACAGAAAGUUCUCAGUGUGUGCUACAGUAGGGAGAAAAAUGCUGCGUUCCUCCUGAUAACAAACAGAGAAAUAUGGGUCUAUACUACAAGAACAGACCCAUCAUGCCGUAUAGCUAUCUGGGAUGUUCAUGAUUUACAACUACCCUAUAUUAGUGGUGACACAUCUAACCUACCACCUGGCGUGAUUAUCCAGCCACCUAGUCAGUCAGUAAUUACUCAUAGAGCCACAGAGAAUGGCAAUGGCAAUGAGAUUAUAUCGAACUGUUGUAGCCUGUGUAUACUCAACUCUACCGCCAUGAUGAUGACUGAUGAAGGACUAUCUUGUCCUAUCAGGCAUACUUACUUGUUACUUGGAAUGGAGGAUGGAAGAAUACUGUUUAUGGAUCCUGUUAUUAAAGGACAGAAAUACAUGGAACUAAAAGCCUCCAAAGAUUCUAUUCAGGAAAUGCGACAUGAUGUUGCCCACAGUAGCCUGAUCACCUUGUGCCGACUGAAAACCCUCGUCAUGAUACAGAUAUGGGGUCUGCCACAACUUGAUGCUAUGUAUGAAGUGUACUGUGGACCUGAUGUGACAUGUUACUCUAGAGUGGGUUUAUCAAUAUUGACUGGUCAUACCUCAGGACAGGUCAACAUACAUUCCCUAGAGCCAGUAGAAGACCAGGGUAUUCUCAUCUCUAAACAGGAACCACAGUUUGAGAGUAUUGUAGAUGAAAAGCGCCGACCAGAACAUCAAGGUCCAGUGGUUGCCAUGGAUGCACUGGCUUCUCUACAAAUAUAUGUCACCUGCAGUUCUGAUGGUGGUAUCAAAAUCUGGGAUGAAAAUAAAGUUUUGUUGACAGAAGUGAUGCUUGAAGAAUCACUCAGUGCUGCUACAUUUCUCAAUGAAAUGGGAGACCUUCUUGUUGCCUUCAAAAACCAUAUCUUCUAUAUAGACCAUUCAAAAUUAUGUCCAGCCUUCAAGCCUCCAGAGAUAGAGAUGGAAACAUCAGACCAGGAGUCUGAUGUAUAUGAAGAUCCCAGGGUUCUAUAUGAGAUGAUAAGAGAUGAAGAGGAGCCUGUCACACUAGAAAACUACCUGGUACCGUAUGAUCAUAUAGAAUUUGACAAGGAUUUUCUCGAGGGUAAAACCAGAAUUGAACAACCAAAAACAGUUGCUGAAGCAAUGGAAAGCAGUGAGACAGAAACUGAGACAGAUAUAUCUCUAGCACCAUCAUCCAUCUAUCUAUCUCCAGCUGAGAGUAUAGAAUCCUUGUCCAUGAUAGACCUGACACUAGGGGCAGACUACUCCAAGUAUGAUCUCAGAGAACAAAUGAAGGCAACGCUCGACUAUAUGGGUACUAAAGCCACCGAGAGGGAUAAAUGGAAGGAUAUGCCUGCAGCACGUGUUUACCUUAAAUUACGCAGAAUCCAGAUAGCUAAUGCUAAGACAUCCAAAUAUGUUUAUAGAAAGAAACCUAGAGGGAAGAAACGUCAGAAAAAUGUCACAAUAGAAACACUGGCACAGUCUGACAUGGAGGACAAGGAAAUAGAAAUGGAGCUGGAGAAAUUUUCACUACCAAUAUUUGGAGAUUCCCCAGGGGGGUCACCCAGUAUAACCCCACCCUCAGGUCAGGCUUCACUCAGGAAAUAUGAUCAGACAGAGGAAGCAGACGAAUUAAGUGAAGAGGAGAAAAUUCAGAAAAAGCCGUCUGGUUUUGUUCCUAUAGUCCCAGAUCAAGCUUUAUCACCUGUUCCUUCAGAAAAAGGGUCAACAUCGACCAGAACUUUGACCCCAGAGUCAUUUAUCAUACAUUCCCUCACUCCAUCAUCACCCACCAAACUGCGCACACCUUCUCCUAUCAAAGCUAAUACAUAUCAAGUCAGUGUCCAGGCUGCUCAGUCAGAAAUACAAGAAACUGCAGCAUUUAAGCCCAAACUGCCAAGUGUUACAACCCAACAUAAAAUAGUUGCUUUUCAAGCUAAAACGAAAUCUAAAUUACGAACCAAUCAGCAACUCAUAGGUGGAUCACAUACACAACAGUCUACAGCAAACAUUCAGAAACCAGCAGCCAUCAAACCUACGCAAAAACCGGGUCAGACUCAGCAGCAAGCAAAUAAGUCAAGUCUUAGUAAGAGUAUAGCAUCUAACAAUUCAGAAGACUUGGACAAAGUGGUUCAACAAUUUAAGACAGUGCCAAUCUUGUCUGCAAGUAAAUUACUAGAUACAAAAAGCUCAGAAAAAAUGUUCAAACCAAUAACCACACCAUCUCCAUCAGCAAAUAUACCGUCAAAGCCCGCCAUGAAUUUAAUAAAAAAGAGUCAGACUGACUUAAUUCGGGAGAGAGCCAUGCAAGCAAGAUUGCCAAGUAAAUCAGAAAAGAAAGACCCUACUGCAGUUAACCCAGUAGCUAAGGAACAUGACUCAAAACAGGUAAUGGACAGUGAUACUGAUGGCUCAGCAGUAAAGACCAAAAAGGUAUCGAGUGAAUUUGAGCUUGCAAUGAUGGAAUUUUUAAAAUCAGAGUCAGAUGAUAAUGAUGACUUGAACAAAAUUGAAAUGAAGUUGGAACAUAAACUAGAACUUCCUGUGUCUGCUGAACCUGUCAGAGAAGACUUGGAAUCUGUUGUUGAAGAAGGUAACAAAGAAGAAGUAAAUGAAGAGGGAGAGAUAGAUCAGUUUGAGUUUAAGCAAGAAGUUAUACUGAAAGAUGAUGAGGCAAGGUCAGGAAAUGAAACAGAGGCCUUGUCAGAUGUUGAUUCAUGCCUAGCAACAUCAGUAGGGACACUAUCCCCAGUGAAGAUGUUGGACCAAGGUAAUGACACCAAGAUUGAAGCAGAUAUUCUUGAGACAAGUAAAGAAGAGGAUCAAGUUAAAGAAUAUGAUGACAAUGUCAUGGACUCAGAACAUUUGAUAAAGGAAUCUUCAGGACCACUAGAUGAUACUGAAAUAGAGGAGUCAGAGCAAGCUGGUACCCCUGCUGGUAAGAUAGAGAAACCACUGGCAGAAUACCAGCAAGCUGAGGAAGGAGCUCAAACCAAAAGGUUAAAAGGUGUGAAGGUAGACGUACGAGGGUUGAUGAAAAAGAGGCGUAUCACAUCAGGCCGGGCACCAUCAUUGACACGCAGGGCAUCAGCUGAUCAUACCCAUGAUGACCACGAUCAUGACCACGACCACGGACAUGAUGACAAACGGAAGAAGGAUAUCAAUAAGAAACAGAUGAAGGAUGACCGGAAAAUUCUGCCACCUCGGACAAUAGACAGAGAAAAGCUGAUGAACCUUCCACCAAAUCCACCCAGCAUGUUGACACGGAAACAUAGUCUGACAGACCAGAGAAAACUAGAACUGAAUCUUCUACACAGACCAGAUAUCCAUAGACCACCAGAGCACACUGACCCGAGUCUGGCACAAGUUCAUUAUGAUGAAAACCAGCCAGAUGCGGACCAGCUGCAGGAAGAGCAGUGGGCCUCAGAGGCAGCUGUCCAUGGUCAGCCGCUUACCCUACCACCUCAGAAAGAUAAAAGCAGAGCCAGAGUUCUGGACAAGAAUGAUCCAAGGUCAUAUAGGAAUAGAGACAGGAAGGGAUUGGGGGAUGAUAGGAAGAAUUCCUUAGAAGGUCAUACCCCAGGUGUGGGGUCAAGUCCAACAGCAGAAUUAGAGAAAGAAGAUACCAGUGUUGGAAAAGAUGAGAAUUCAACUGUCAAAAAACAUGAUAAGGCUACUAGCAUUGUGAUAGAGGGUACUUCUGAUGGUGAACAACACAAAUCUGAAUCAAAAGAUGAUGAUAUGGAAGUUAUAAAUCUGGAUACAAACACUCCGGAGACACAGAUGCAGAGAACUAAACGUCUUGGUCUCAAACUGGAUUCUGACAAAGUGUUUGAAAAUGAUAAGACAGAGAAAUCCAACUCGGUACCUAGGGUGUUGGUUCGAAGAUCCAAGCUGAAUGUGUAUAUACCGCAGGCAGGAGCCGAUAGAGAAAGCAUCUCCAGCGCAAAGUCCUCACGACGUGGAACCCCAGACUCUGGUAUAGAUGACUCUGUAUCAACUCUUGGCAGACAAACGCCACAAACACCCCGGGUAAAACUUUCAGGUGAUAAAGGACAAGAAGAUGACUUAAAAUUAGACCAGGAGUUACCUGCCCCUGACAGCUCUCUGUUGUCAGAGGAAGAUAAAGCCAAUGCUAUCAGACGUCCAGCAUCUUCAUUUACAGGACUGAGAAGAGGCCAGUUAGAGGGUGAGCGCCUAAAUGCAGAGAGACCACAUACAGCACAUGUACGGUUCAAGGCUGAGGAGUAUUAUUUUUAUACAGUUCCAUGGUGGGUUAGUGAGGACCUGCAGACAGCUUUUGAACAAGCUUUGCAAAAAUACCAGAACCUUCCUGGUACCCCAGCAGUUGUGUCUGCUGAUACAUUGUACAGGAAUGAUGGUACAAAGUUUGAAGAUAACUGGCAAGAAAGAGUUAUAGAAAGACAUACAUUACUAAGAAUGCAGAAGGAGAUUCGAGCUCAGUCAGCCGCACAGAGAAGACAAGCUAUGGAAGUGAUACAGAAAGAUAAAAACUCAGCCAAACUCUUCACAUCACGCUGUGAUUCUGCAAUUGGUGGGUUCACAGACAGAGAUUCCAGUAUCCAGUCAGUACGCCGUGCAAACACAUCCAUGUCAGUACCAAUAUCCCUCAGUUAUGGUGUGGGCUCUGUGCCCCCACCGACAAGAGACAAGCCUAGACCUAAAACGGCAAACCCAGCACUGGAGAAACAACAGAUGACAAAACUUGAACUGAGUCAUGAAAAAUCAUUCAGAUUUCGUCUUAGCAACACUGGGCAAACAUCACCACGCCCUGAAAGUUCCAGGUCAAUAUCAUCAGUGGCUGACUUCAGUCCACACUGGAUAGAUCCAAGAAAUCCAGAUGCCUGGAGACCAAAAUCUAGUAGAUCUAUACCCAGCAAGUGCAAUCGCUAUGUUCUUGUGAACAAGCCAAAGGAGAAGAUUACAAAGCCUUUGCCAUCACCUUUAGAAGAACAAUUACUUGUAGAAAGAUUUCCAAAACUAAGUGCCAAAAUUGUCCCCCCAGUGUCUGAAUUGACUCCACGAAUGAAGAAAUCAUACAAUCUAGAGUACAGUCCCUUUGUAUAUCACAGAUUUGUGUGAUAUUGUUAUUUUGAUGAAAACUUCUAGCAUAAAUCAUUAAUACAGACAGAAAAUUGUGGAAAAGCGGAUGUGCAGGCUGGUCUGGAUCCAUGCUGGUCGCAAAGCCACUAUUUUGGUUUUCUCAUGGCGUGGCUCAAUUUAUGUUUGUUGAAGAAGGACUCUCCUACUCAGAGACACAUCAUAAAAACUUGCUGACUUUAAAAGGUUGUUGGACAGUUUGAUGCUUGUACAUAGAACAGGAGGAUGAUCACUGAUCACUUUCUUUUGUUACUCUGUAUAAUAUUGUUAUAUGGAUACCACACCAGUGCACAAUAACUGGGAGAUAUAUAUCCUGUUACUCUAUAAUAUUCUUAUAUGGAUAUUAUGCCAGUGUACAAUACCUAUAGGACACUUAUCCUGUUACUCUAUAGUAUUGUUAUAUGGAUAUCAUUCUUGUGUACAAUACAUGCACAAUACACAUCCUGUUACUUUACAAUAUAGUAAUAUGGAUAUAUUACUGAUGUAUGGAUAUAUUACUGAUGGGAGACCUAUCCUGUUUCUCGUUAAUAUUGUUAUAUGGAUAUCAUUCCAGUAUACAAUACCUGUACAAUACAUAUCCUGUUACUCUACAAUAUCAUUUAAUGUGGAUAACAUACCAGUGCAGAAUAACUGCAGUAGACUUAUUCUGUUACUCUGUAAUGUUAUAUGGAUAUCAUAGAAAUGUACACUACCUACAAAAGACUUAUCCUGUUACUUUAUAAUAUUGUUAUAUGGAUACCAAACCAGUGUACAAUACUUGCUGGAGACUAACUCUGUUACUCUUGUUAUUCUAUAACCAUAUGUUCCCUUCCAGUCAGCAAUUGGCAUUUAUACUGCUUGACCAUCCAUUAAAUACAAAUGGGAUAAACUAUAUUCUGUACUGAAUGAUACAACAGUUUUGAUUCAGAUCUCCAUAAAAACCAUUGACUGAUAAAAGUAUACAGAUGUAUAUAAGCAUCAGUAAAUGCUUGAUAGGAUUUUUCUGUAAACGUUUAAAAUAUGGAAAUGUGCACUGUAUGGUGUCACAGAUUUUACUAGGAAAAAUAUGCAUAGAAUACAAAGAUUAUUUAACGUUGUCUUGUACAAUGUUUCAUAUAUUUGGACUGAUCCAGAAAACAUACUGGACUCGCCUACCAGCUGAUCCAGUAUGUUUCUUCUAACAUGUUCCCGUCCAAAUAUAUUGGUGAAUUCUACAGGUCAAUGUGAAGUAACCUAAUAAUAUUGCUGUAUGGAAACCAUACCAGUGUAUAACACCAGAGAAUAUUUCUGUUUAGGUAACUCUAAAGAAUAUCAUGUUAUGUAAUGGGUAUCUAAUAAUGAAGAGGUAAUAUGGCCAGCCACUUUUCAGGGUACCUCAGGUCUUCCUAUGGCAUUUACAUGUAUUCAGUUAUCAUUUGUCCAUCCUUAUUCUGUCCUAAGGAUUAAUAAUUUCUUACGCAAAUGUUUCUUGGCUGACCCUGUACCAUGAGUGAUCAAAGUAUAUGAAUUAGUCAAAAAUAUGGCCACCAGAGGUCAUAUUUCCCUUUAUGUCUACAGUGGAAACUUAAAAAAAAUAUAAAAAUCUCUUGAGCUUUCUCUAUCAUACAAAAGUUAUUGUUUCUGAGCUAUGAAACUAUGCAGAGCAAUGAACGUUCACCAAUACCCUCUGGUUUUACUUUAUUUUUUGAUGGUAAAGUAAAUCAGAAGCAUUUGUAUGGUGAUCAGUCUUACUUCUUUUGGUUUAUAGGCAAAACUUUGUCACAGAAAAGGUAGAUCAGACAGUAGGAAAGCACAAGAUUUCUAAGUUUUUAUGACUGUGCUCAAACAGUUUAUUAUGAAAUUUAACAAGGUGCCUUAUUAUAAAAGUGUAUUUUAAUGAUUGUUUUGGUCAUUUUUAGCUCAUCUGAUUUUUUGAAAAAAAAUGAUGAGUUAUUGUCAUCACUUGAGCGGUUGUCGGCGUCGGCGUCGGCGUCGGCGUUGCCUGGUUAAGUUUUAUGUUUAGGUCAGCUUUUCUCCUAAACUAUCAAAGCUAUUGCUUUGAAACUUGGAAUACUUGUUCACCAUCAUAAGCUGACCCUGUAUAGCAAGAAACAUAACUCCAUCUUGCUUUUUGCAAGAUUUAUGGCCCCUUUUGUACUUAGAAAAUAUCAGAUUUCUUGGUUAAGUUUUAUGUUUAGGUCAACUUUUCUCCUAAACUAUCAAAGCUAUUGCUUUGAAACUUGGAAUACUUGUUUACCAUCAUAAGCAGACCCUGUACAUCAAGAAACAUAACUCCAUCUUGCUUUUUGCAAGAUUUAUUGCCCCUUUUGGACUUAGAAAAUCAGUUUUCUUGGUUAAGUUUUAUGUUUAGGUCAGCUUUUAUCCUAAACUAUCAAAGCUAUUGCUUUAAAACUUGCAACACUUGUUCACCAUCAUAAGUUGACCCUGUAUAGCAAGAAACAUAACUCCGUCCUGCUUUUUGCAAGAUUUAUGGCCCCUUUUGGACUUAGAAAAUAUCAGAUUUCUUGGUUAAGUUCUAUGUUUAGGUCAACUUUUUCUCUUAAACUAUCAAAGCUAUUGCUUUGAAACUUGCAACACUUGUUCACCAUCAUAAGCUGACCCUGUACAGCAAGCAACAUAACUCCAUCCUGCUUUUUGCAAUAAUUAUUGCCCCUUUUGGACUUAGAAAAUCAUUUUCUUGGUUGAGUAUUAUGUUUAAGUCAAGUUUUCUCAUAAACUAUCAAAGCUAUUGCUUUAAAACUUGCAACAGUUUUUCACCAUCAUAAGUGGACACUGUACAUCAAGAAACAUAACUCUAUCCUGCUUUUUGCAAGAAUGAUGGCCCUUUUUAGACUUAGAAAAUCAUGGGUAGGACAAUAUUUCUAUUACACAAAAAAAAUCAGAUGAGCGUCAGCACCCGCAAGGCGGUGCUCUUGUUAUUGUUUGUAUCAUUCAAGCAAGUGCUUAUCUGUGAUAUAUUUGUGUUAUUAAUUUGGUUCAACAUCUAGCUGUAAGGUAUUUGUGUAGCUUUGUUGUUUGUUUUCUGUGAAAACAUUGCCUUUUUAACAAAUUUAUGUUUGUUUGUGAGGUGUACUAUUAAGAUACCAUUUACUGCAAGAGUUUUGACUUCUGUGUUAAUUUAUCAACCAAAUUUUGUUUCUUUUUAUUUUAUGCAGGCUGUUAUUUUCCAUCUAGUAUUUAUGCUGAAAUCUGGGAAUAGGAUUUUAUAUUUCCGUGUUAAGUGCCUUUAAUUUUAUAUGAUACAAAUCUUGGAUUUUGAAUAAUUAUAUUUGUUAUGCCCCCAACCCCCUUCCCCAACCCUCAAAGAAUAGAGGGUAUUACUUAGAUCUUUGACAGUGAGUUUGUCAAUCAUUGAUCCUACACUAGUCAGACUUUUAAGGAUGUGCCUGUAGUUAGAAAAUGACCCUACUACUUAAAGGGUCAGUAGACCAAAGGUUAGGGUCACUGACCUUGAGACUUAAAACGAUUUUUCCUCAAUAAUUAAAGACCGCUUUAGCAUAUAGUUGUCAAACUUUGUACGAUAAUUGCCUGUGGUAGUCUACUGACGACCCUUGUUGUUAUAUGGUCAAAAGUCAAGGUCACAGUGAUAUCUAGACUGGUUCCCGCUCAUUAACUAAGGAGCACUUUGUCCACAGUUGUAAUUCUUUGUAGGAUGAUUGCCUGUGGUCAAUAAAUGACCCCUUUUAUAUUUAAGAUCAAUAGGUCAAAGGUCAUGGUCACAUUGACCUUGAGACUAAAAACCAUUUGAUAACUAAAGAAUGCUUUUUUAACUUCAUACAUAUAUUUCAUGUGGACAACAGAUGACCCCAAUUGUUUUGGGGGUCAAAAGGUCAAAGACCUUUAAACUGGAAAUGCUUCCUGAUCAAUAUAUGGAGCACUUGUAAGCUUAUAGAUUUACAAAAUUAGAUACAUAGUUAAGGUUUGUAGGCCAUCAUGGGGUCAUAUGUGUUUUUACAAACAGUUCUUUUUACAACAUGCUAGCAGUCAGAUUUAAAGGUUUUCUUUUAGGCUGAAAGAAAUUAUUGAAGUAGGUUAGUUAUAUAUGAAGCAGUUCAAACCAAAUUGUUUUUUAAUCAGUUACAGAUGUACAGCUUUAUAGAUAUUUGUCAGAUAAAUUUUGUUGAAAAUCUGUUCAAAUUAGCAUUUAAUAAUUUUGGUCAAUAAAAUAUACUUUCUUAUUAAAGGUUCACAGUUACGAAAUUUAUUUCUUAUUUUUAUCAUACAAAUUUGGUUGGUGCUUAUACAAUGUUUGUAAUUUGAAAGACUUAUAAGUACAUGAGUUUUCUUAUCAGGCAGUAGAAAUUCUGAUUUGAAUGAUAUAGAAAGGUAUUAUUAUUAUAAUUAUACUGUAAUGUGGUUUGUUUUGUACUUGUUAAAGUAUUUUUUGUUACUGAGGUACUUACUUUUAUUAAAUGUAUUGAAAUUGUU